AUGUUAAUUGUCGAGGCGAUUGCACUAGGCUCCCUUUCAAUUCCCAAUGCAUUUGCAACACUUGGCAUGAUUGUUGGUGUCAUCUGUUGUGUUGGGAUAGGAUUAAUCGCUAUGUAUACCUCAUAUGUGAUUGGCCAAGUCAAGCUGGCAUUUCCAUCGAUAUCCCAUUAUGGUGAUGCCGGUACUUUGAUGAUGGGUCGCUUCGGGUACGAAUUGUUCACGGCCAUGUUCUUCCUUCAACUCAUCUUUGUCACUGGUUCCCAUUGCCUGACUGGCACCAUAGCGUUCCAGCAUAUUACUGGGAGCGGCAUAUGCUCGUUGCUUUUUGGCGGAGUCUCGGCUAUAAUUCUUCUUCUGCUGGCUCUUCCAUCCUCAUUUGCCGACAUUGCUAUCCUUGGAUAUAUUGAUUUCGCUUCUAUCAUCAUCGCUAUCGGAAUCACAAUCAUUGAUACGGGUGUCGGAAGUACCAAUGAACCAGGUGGGUUGGCAGCAGUGAAUUGGUCCGCGUUGCCCAAGGAGAAUAUCUCGUUCUCCGAAGCAUUCGUUGCCAUUUCGAAUAUUGUAUUCGCCUACUCAUUUGCGACUUGUCAAUUCUCGUUCAUGGAUGAGAUGCACACCCCUGAAGAUUUCACUAAAUCGAUCUGGGCGCUGGGUAUUUUGGAGAUACUUAUCUAUACCGUCACCGGGGCUACCAUUUACGCUUUCGUGGGUUCAGAGGUCCAAUCCCCUGCUCUUUUAUCUGCUGGAGAAACUGUAUCAAAAAUUGCAUUUGGCAUGGCACUCCCGGUGAUAUUUAUCUCGGGCUCCAUAAAUACCGUUGUGGCUGGUCGAUUGAUCCACGGUCGAUUGUACCAGAACAGUGUGACUCGAUAUGUUAAUACGGCCAAAGGCUGGAUCACAUGGAUUGUUCUGAUCUCUGGCAUCACUAUUCUGGCUUGGGUGAUCGCUGAGGCAAUUCCGUUUUUCUCGGACCUAUUAGGUAUUGCCUCGGCUCUCUUUACGUCUGGAUUUUCCUUUUACUGGCCACCAGUGAUGUGGUUCCUGCUCAUCCGCAAGGGGGAUUGGUGGGGAAAGGAGAACAUCCUGCUCUCAAUCUUCAAUAUAUUUGUGUUUCUGUUUGGUCUCAUGGUACUGGUGGGUGGUCUUUAUUCCACCAUUAUGGAUAUACAAACAAACUAUGGAACAAGAAAUGUCCGUGAGGCAUUUUCCUGCUCUCCAAUUUGA